AUGGAUCAGAUGCUCGACAGAUUGGCUGGGCACGAUUAUUAUUGCUUUUUGGAUGGUUAUUCGGGUCUACAGAUCGAUCAUGAUUGCACCGAGGAUCAAGAGAAGACCACAUUUACAUGUCCAUAUGGCACGUUUGCAUUCCGGAGGAUGCCUUUCGGUUUGUGCAAUGCUCCAGGUACUUUCCAGCGAUGCAUGAUGGCUAUUUUCACCGAUAUGGUGGAAAAUUAUAUGGAGAUAUCGAGCAAGGGAAUAGAGGUUGACAAGGCGAAGAUUGAAGCAAUUGAAAGAUUGCCACCACCCGUUUCAGUUCGGGGAGUGCGCAGUUUUCUUGGGCAUGCAGGAUUCUAUCGACGGUUCAUCAAAGACUUCUCUAAAGUUGUUAAUCCAAUGUGCAAGCUUUUAGGGAAAGAUGUGAAGUUUGUGUUUAAUGAAGCCUGUUUGACGGCUUUUAAUGAGCUGAAACGAAGGUUAGUGUCGGUCCCUAUUAUCAUCGCACCUGAUUGGUCUCUGCCAUUUAUUUUGAUGUGUGAUGCAAGUGAUUUUGCUGUGGGAGCUGUCCUUGGUCAGAAAAGGGAUAAGAUUUUUCAUCCUAUUUACUAUGCUAGCAAGACACUUGAUGCAGCCCAGAUGAACUAUACUGUCACAGAGAAGGAGUUAUUGGCGGUUGUCUACGCUUUUGACAAAUUCCGAUCAUAUCUUGUGGGCACGAAGGCGAUUGUAUAUACUGAUCACCUUUUAGUUCAUUAUUUGUUUGCAAAGAAGGAUGCAAAGCCGAGGCUUAUUCGUUGGGGUGUUCUUCGCAAGAGUUUGACAUCGAGAUUCUUGAUCGAAAGGGCACGAGAAAAUCGGAGUAGCAGAUCACUUAUCGAGAUUGAAGAUAGGGAACAUGUGGAUGAAGUAGUGGCGAUUAAGGAGACUUUUCCUGACGAACAACUCUUUGCUCUUCAAUCAGCUGAGGUGCCAUGGUAUGCAGACAUGGGGAAUAAGUACAUAUUGGUUCGUGUUGUAGACUAUGUCUCGAAGUGGGUGGAAGCCAUUGCACUUCCCACCAAUGAUGCUAGUGUGGUGGCACGAUUUCUGAAAAAGAACAUUUUUACAAGGUCUGGAACCCCUCGGGCCAUCAUCAGUGAUCAAGGUACGCACUUUUUCAAUCGGCUCUUCGAUAAAUUGCUGCUCAAGUAUGGGGUGAAACACAAGAUAACGACUUCUUAUCAUCCUCAGACGAGUGGUCAAGUGGAGGUAUCGAACAGAGAAAUCAAGAGGAUUUUGCAGAAGACUAUGAGCGUAAGUAGGAAAGAUUGGUCAUUGAAGCUUGAUGAUGCUCUGUGGGCAUACAGAACAGCUUACAAAACUCCGAUUGGCACAUCUCCCUAUAAGCUCAUCUUUGGUAAGGCAUGUCAUCUACUAGUUGAGCUUGAGCAUAGAGCAUAUUGGGCGAUUAAGAAGCUGAAUCUAGACAUGGUUCAAGCUGGAGAAAAGAGGCUGAAGAUUUUCGGUGAAAAGUUGAAGAGUAAGUGUGCUGGGCCAUUCGAGGUAGUUCGUGUGACUGCACAUGGAGCAGUUGAGCUAAAGAAACCCAACUCGGAUGAGACAUUCCUGGCAAAAUGGUUCACGCCAAGUCCAAGGGCAAAUCUGUCGCCUCCUCCUCCCAAGGCACAAAAAGAGGAAGAGCAGAAAACCCGUCCAAAGCGACAAAAGGGCAAACAUCCGGAAAGGGCAAGCAUCCCGAGGUUGUCAUUCCUCAAGUGUCUAAAAGGACGCCCCACCCCCAUCUCUCCAGGGAUGGGGAAGAGUGAGAAGCCCGAGUUUGGUUGCGCUUCUAAAUGCCGAAUCAUGCCACUUGAUCACUUCUCAGAGGUCCAAAAGGAGAGAGUGUGCAUAGUGUAUUUCUUGAUGACAGGGCAGUUGGUGAACAUUGGGUAUUGGAUGAUGCAGGAAAUUCGAAGAGUGUGGGCUGGCAAGUCUAAAAGGCUGAGUUAUGGAAACACUCUCACUUCCUACUUAAUGAGGCUCGACGAGGAGUUGGCAUAUGCUGCGAUGGGAGUGCUGAGGCGCCCACUAACUCACUCGACAUCUCAAAUGUCAUGGCCCCAGCGAGUGCAUCCGGACAUCAUUUGA